UAUGCAGAGUCUAGAGUCGAUGUCCGAUGCUUACUCGCAACUCUAUCUAGGGCGAUUGGUAGUCAGAUCCAUUUGCUCUCCAUAUAUACCACGCGGACACACUCCAGACUCCAACAAAUCCGACCAACCUAUCCAAAAUGGCGUCUGAGUAUCAAACGAAGCUUUUCAUCAAUAACGAGUAUGCCGACGCCAAAUCUGCCGAUACACUAUCUCUGACCAACCCUUUCGACGGGUCGACUAUCCCUGCUGCCGUUCAGAUUGCUGGAGCAGAAGACAUUGCUUUGGCUGUAGCUGCUGCUCAAUCAGCCUUCAAGACCGGACCAUGGAGCACCUUUACGGGAGCUCAACGUGCAGCUUGUAUGCACAAGUUUGCUGACUUGAUCGUCGAGAACGCAAAAGAACUUGCCGAUCUUGAUGCUUUGUGCAUGGGAGCUCCAAUUGCAAGCAAUGCUGGCUUUAUCAUUCCUGAAGCCGCCGCUGUGUUCAGAUAUUAUGCUGGUUGGGCUGAUAAAAUUGAAGGGGAAUCAUUUGCCGCUGAUGAUGGAACUUACAAGAUUGUCAGACAUGAGCCACUGGGAGUUUGUGCUGGUAUUGCGCCAUGGAAUGCACCGAUUCUCUACGUUGGAUGGAAGAUCGCUCCCGCUGUUGCUGCAGGCAAUACUUUCAUCUUUAAAGCCUCCGAGAAAUCGCCAUUGAGCGCAUUAUAUCUGGGCAAGUUGGUCGUUGAGGCCGGCUUCCCUCCAGGUGUCAUUCAAUUCGUAAGUGGAGCAGCGCAGACGGGUGCUCUUCUCGCUUCCAAUAUGAUCAUUUCGAAGAUCAGCUUCACUGGGUCUACUUUCGUUGGAAAGAUUAUUCAGAAGUUGGCAUUGGAGAGUAAUAUGAAAAGAGUGACAUUGGAACUUGGUGGAAAAUCUCCGGCGAUAGUAUUUGCCGACGCAGAUAUUCCAAAUGCUGUUGGUUCCGCUGCCGAUGGCUUCUUAUUCAACAAUGGUCAAGUUUGCGUUGCCGGUUCUCGCCUCUUGGUCCAAGAGGAUGUUGCUCCCGCGUUCAUUGAAGCAGUAAAAGGACGGUUCGAGGCAAUCAAUUCCUCUUUGGGCAAUGAUCCUCGCGUAUCGACAACUCAUUAUGGGCCGAUGGCAGAUGAAGCACAUUUCAAACGUGUCAUGUCAUACAUUGAGCUUGGAAAACAACAUGCAGAGCCUGUCGUUGGCGGGAAACAAAAGGGCGACAAAGGCUACUUCAUCGAGCCGACUCUAUUUGUUAACCCCGACAAGGACGGAAAAGUCUUCAACGAAGAGAUUUUCGGGCCAGUACUAAGUGUGGUUACAUUCAAGACAGAAGACGAGGUCAUUGAGUUGGCCAAUGAUACCAAGACAGGACUUUCAGCUACGAUAUAUACUUCCGAUCUGAACCGUGCCCUGAGGGUGUCGGCGAAGAUUGAAUCUGGAAACGUUUCAAUCAAUGCACCACACUUUCCAGUUCAUACAGUUCCAUUUGGUGGAUUCAAGGAGAGUGGAAGUGGGAAAGAGUUGGGGAAGUAUGGGUUGAGGGAGUACUUGCAAACGAAGACGGUUCUUAUCAACAUGAAAUUGGUACCAAAGCUGUGAAAAGAUCAUCUCCAGGAGGAAACUAGAUUUAUUUCGUAGGAGCAACAGAUAUUUCUCCACUCAACAUGCGAGAGCUGAGUGAGCGGAGUGUUCCAGCUUCAGAUCACCAAUGUUCCCCCCUUACCAUCACAUGACUUCUCUAGAGCUGGUAACUG